AUGAAUAGCAGCAAACAGUCAGCAUCGGGUGUAAAUGAAAUUUGGGAAGAUAUUUCGGAAUUCUUAGACAAAGAACAUUUUGGUAUUACAAAUACACAAUGCUUCUUCACUUCCUUAUCACCGCUUGAUACGGCUAAAAUUAAUCAUCAACACUCUCGUGCUCUUCAAAUUUGUAGUACAGAUUGGACAUUACGUGAUCCACCAAUUGUUCUCAGUUUGCCACCAAUACCAAAAAAACAUAAAAUUAAACAGAAUGAAAUAAUCAAUGAAAAUGAAAUGUUAUGUUAUCAAGCAGAAGAAACAUUUCAAAGCUUUAAUUAUCCAUCAUUUAUUUCAUCAAAACUUGAAACAAUAACACAAAUGCCUAUUUCAUCUUCAAUUUACUCCCAAUCUAUCGAUGGAUUAAUUGAUGCAAAAAUAAACAAUCCUCCUAUCAAUCAAUUAUCUACAACAAUAACAACAAUAACAACAACAACAACAACAACAACAACAUCACCAUCAUCAUCAUCAUCAUCAUCAUCAUCAUCAUCAUCAUCAUCAUCAUGCAAAAUUCAUACAAUGAGCACAUCAUCCAUAUUACAGUUAACAAGAUUACUUAAAAAUAAUUCAUCAAUAAAUGAAAAAGAAGAAGACAUAGAUGGACAACAAUUGUUGAAAAAAAAUUUUUCCAUUUAUGAAUGUAAUCAUCCGGGAUGCUCAAAAAAAUAUAAUAAAAGUUCACAUUUAAAAGCUCAUAUGAGAACACAUAGUGGUGAACGACCAUAUCAUUGUAGUUGGCCAUCAUGCUUAUGGAAAUUUGCACGAAGUGAUGAAUUAACAAGACAUUAUCGAAAGCAUACCGGUGAUCGUCCAUUUAGUUGUACCUUAUGUUGUCGAUCAUUUUCACGUAGCGAUCAUCUUAAUUUGCAUAUGAAACGUCAUUACAGCGGUUAUAAUAUGUUAAAAAGUACGAUGUGCUUUAUAGCCGAAUCAACAAAUCGAGGAGAAUUCAAACAAAGAAACGUUACUAAAGAAAAACAAAUAAAAUACAUUGGGAAUGAUAAAGUUAUUAUGUUGUAA